AUGCCAAAGUACAUUCAGAGCUCAUGGAAGACGCAAAGCAGCCGUUUACGCUGCUUCAAAUCAUGCACUAUGCUCGUAGCGAUCAUUCUUCUCUACCAGUUUGUAGCAGGAAUGAGCAAAUCCAGUAUCUCUGCGCGAUUUGACUCAGACCACACCACCGCGAAACCACCAACGACACAAUGUACUAGGCCCUUUGAUACUACAAAACCUUUGAUUCAGUACACGAUCAUGAUUGAUGCAGGAAGCACGGGGAGCGGAGUCCAUGUGUACAAAUUCAACAACUGCGGACCAACACCGGAACUGGAACAGGAGUACUUCAAGAUGACGGAGAAAAGACCAGGAGGAUCUGGCCUGAGUUCUUACACAGAUCCAAAUCAAGCUGCGAGAGGUCUCGAUCCACUUCUACUGUUCGCACAAUCUUCAGUGCCUGAACAGUUCCAAUCAUGUACACCCAUCGUCGUGAAAGCAACGGCAGGACUGCGACUCCUUGGCGACGGCCUAAGCCUAAAGAUCCUCGAAGCCGUUCGGACACGUCUAGAGACGCAGUUUCCAUUUCCAGUAGUGUCUCGCGACAAUGGCGGCGUGGAAAUCAUGAGAGGUGAAGACGAAGGUGUCUUUGCCUGGAUAACCACAAACUACCUCCUGGGCCACGUAGGCGGACUAGACGACACGGCGACUGCUGCAGUAUUCGACCUAGGUGGAGGCUCGACACAAGUGGUCUUUGAGCAAAGCUCUGUUGAAGGCGGAGAAGGCAUACCUGCUGAGGUCACAGAUGUCGAGUCCGCCUAUCAGCUGACGUUCAGGGGCCAAGAAUAUCAAUUAUAUCAGCACUCUCAUCUAGGCUAUGGGUUGAUGUCUGCACGAAAAGCGAUACAUCAGAUGGUUCUCGACCACGCUUGGAAGGAGGGCGCCAUCUCAAACAUGUCGCGACUAUCACAACCAAUCCCGAAUACCUGCAUGCCCCCAGGAAAGAGAACCAAGGUUACUGUACAGAUGCCGUCCGGCCAUGCUCUGGAAGGCGAACACGAUAUAAUAAUGGAAGGUCCUGUUGACAACGACUCUACUCAUUGUCGAGCAUUGACGGAAGCAAUCCUGGGUAAGGACAAACCCUGCCCAAGGUCGCCGUGCUCAAUGAAUGGCGUGUAUCAACCGUCCCUCGAGAACUCAUUCUCCGGAGAGAUAUACAUUUUUUCAUACUUCUAUGAUCGUACGCAUGAGCUAGGUAUGCCGGAUUCAUUUACACUGGGUGAGCUCACGGAGCUCACUUCAGAAGUCUGCGCUGGUGAAAAGGCGUGGAGAUCAGCAUUCGGACACAUUAAGGGUGCCUUGCAGAGCUUGAAAGAGAUGCCUGAGUGGUGUCUCGAUCUGCAAUUCAUGUCAGCAUUACUACAUCAGGGCUACGGAAUGCCAUUCAGCCGCAAGCUCACAACUGCGAACAAGAUCAGAGGGAACGAGAUUGGGUGGUGCCUUGGGGCAACUUUGCCAUUGUUGGAAAAAGAAAGUGGUUGGGAAUGCAGGAUUGCAGACUAUGACUAGUGUGAGGUAGGACAGAGUGCAACUGAAUGCAAUGCAAUUUUGUACAUGCCUUUGGAAUGACCCAAUUGGCUGAAUCCGACCGAGCAACUUCAUCGCCUUCCUCGAUGGCAUAGGUAUUACGAAUAUGCGUAGGGAACCAGAGGAGCACAAAAUCAGUUCCAUGGUAAAUAGCUGUACAAAAUUGGUGAAGCC